AUGGACAUGUGGAAGUGCAAAGGCCAGAAUCGGGAAUACAUUACGGUUACCGCUCAUUGGGCUGUUGAAAAUGGUGAGCAAAAGCGCUUCGAGAUGAAGAAUGCUCUUUUAGAGUUACAGAAGUUUACACACAGCGCGCACACAUACAACAUCAGAAAAUCGGUAAGUAUCGUAAGUCCCUUAAAAUUUAUCUAUAAAAAGUUAUAUAUAUUAAGUACCACAUGUUUUAAUUAUCUUACGAAUUUUAAAUUUAGUUGCGAUUGGUGUGUGAGAGGUGGAUAAGUGGGGAGGUACCUAAAUUUCAUGUUGGUGUGUCUGACAACGCUUCCAAUACGACACUUGCCCUUAAAAGUGAGACGGUCCUUGAGGUGCCAGAAGAGCUUCGUGCCUGGGCAAUGGUUGAGCCCGAAGAGUCUGACGAUGAUGAAGAAAAUCUUUUCCCACCACUAGCAGCCAUGCAGAAAGAUUGGCGGGAUGUUUCGCACACUUGCUUAAUCUUAUAG